AUGCCAGCGGAGCUUCAUGCUUUAGCAGGUCCAACCACGUUGAACAGGCUUUCUGAUUCACAGAACUUGGAAAACGGACCGGCUGGACAACGACUACAGUCUAAUGGAAGGAUAAAACGUCUGUUUGCGGCUACACACAAUACCGGAACGAUGUCGUCUGAUUAUCAAAUCGAAGCGUACAUUAAAGAAAUAGCAAAAAUACAAGCCGACGUUAUUGGAAUAUCCGAAACAAAACGCAGCGAAGAGCUCGUAGAUGAAUGA